UUUCGGUUAAGGAGUAUAAAAAAUACUAAACAUAAAUACGUGAUAUCUCGAAAAUGAGCUUCCUUUAUGUAAACUUGCUCUUCCAAGUGUUGGCGAUUUCGGCUUUUCGCUGCGGAAACGCCCAGGAAGUAGCAUCAGCCAAUUCAAGCGGUACUCUAUUUACGUUUCACGAUAUGAACCAAUGUAAAAGUAAUGAAUACUAUGAUUUGGAUACAUUUUCAUGUGUUGCUUGUGGCGAGGAGGAGGAAAACCUACAGUCCACGACGAAUAAAUUUUUCUGCGAGUGUGCACCCAACUAUAUCACAGUGGCUCUGUACGACACACAUGGAAAAAAUCCAAUAUGCGCAAAAAAGUGCUACAAUGCUUCAUCAAUCGACAAUGGCUGCUCAGUGGUAAUUGCCAAUGCAAGUAAAACUUCCUGCGAAUUCAAGUUAAUUAACUUUACUCAACUUACCAAUGACUACAUAACGCGAUCUGCUGCAGCAACGAGGCCAAUACGCAUCACCCCCGCAGGCUUCCAUUCCAAUGAUAUUUGUAACAUUUGCAAUUUGGAAUACAACUUCCGCUAUAUGGACUAUUGCAUCGGCAAUGCGCUGCUCAAGCCUUAUUUGAAGUACAACUCGUUUUGGCAAUCGAUCAGCGCCAGCACCGGUGCCGUUCACUUUGGCAACCUAAAGUUCGUGGCUUUCUUCUGUUUGGCAUUGCGUAACUACACUGCUUGCAACCAGCUGGCAAAUCUUUGUGUAAUGUCUCACUACUCAACCGAUAAGAACUCACCCUGCAGCGCCUUUCUGCUAACUCAGGUUUCAGAUGUGGUAAUCAAAUAUGCCAGCAUGGAUGAACACCUCCAGGCCACAAAGCCCUCGUUGUACUACAAGAAGGGCAAAAAUACUGCCAAAAUGCUUAGGGAGGCUUUGGCCAUUAAUGAUGGUGACAGAGCAUUCAACCGUUUGCAACUGUUCAGCACCGUUUAUGCGUUGGAUGGCACCUUGCGUCGUUGGGGUGCAUUUAAAAUGAGCCAUGUCAAUUUAUGCCAAAUGCAUGCAAUAAGUGAUGCGACAGACUGGAAUCCACAGCAGGAUAUACAAUUUGCAUAUUCUGCACAACCAAUCCAUUGCAGAUUGACGGUGGAUAACCUGAUUGAUUUAGCUCAGAUAUACGCGAAUGAAAAUUUCUUUAGCAUAUUUUUGAAUAUUUCUAUGCCAUCGGCACAGGAAGCGAAGAGAACGAAGUUACAAAUUUUACCUAUUCUCAUUGAAGAUAUAUCAGCAGAAAAUUUGCGUCCACAUCCAGAAGAAUGGCAACUGGUGAAGCGUUUCCAGUUGAUCGAAGCACAGCCUCGACAUACCCACAGCAAUGCACAGCAAGCGAAAUAUGAAGAUGAAUUUAAGCUCUCACUCUACCGCAGCAUACGAUAUGUGGAAUAUUUUGAAAUACAUUAUGAAAUUCAUGACAACAAUCAGAUUGGAAUGCCGCUUGUGAAGCUGCGCUAUCGCCACCUUGACAUGAGCGCCAAUGCGUCACUCCAUGCAGUGCAUCCAUUUAAAUUGCAAAUAAGUUUUGCGCGAGUUGGAGAGGCUGCACAAAGGAGGCUUAUAUUCGAGACAUUGCUACCCGCCUUGUUGUUGAUUGCAUUAGCGGCGGGCAUUCUGCAAAUGUAUAACUUUAGAAAACGCAAUGCCGCCGUAUCGACAGCAACAACAUCUGAAUUUUGUGCUCCAUCCUCGUGCUUGCUCGAAUUCCUGGUACACUUCAUCUCUUACGCUGCAAAUGCGAUUAUUUUGUGGUUCCUCCUCUACAUGUUCGCCUAUCCCAUGCAUUUUCUCGCCCAACACACCGUCGAGAUCACAUUGCCUAUCAUGAAAGACGAUCAACGCUCAUUGGAAAUUCUAAUUUAUGUGGCUUUCCUAUUGAAGCUUACGUUUGUUUGCGUGCAUUUUUGGCGCAUCAGUCAUUUUGAUAUUUUUCUCAUUGAUUGGGAACGCCCGCGUACUUGUGAGAAUAAUCAUUUCACAUUGAAGAAUAAUCUGGAAACGUCUUCUGUAUGCUCUAGUGUGCGGACUUUCGCCUCCGAGAAUGUCUCUGCUUGGCGCAUAAUCUUCGUAGCAAAUGAAUGGAUCCGUUUGAGCGUAAAGCAGAAGCACUCCGUGGUGUGGCAAGGACUCUUGGUGCUACCUUUGGCGCAGACUUUCAUCACUGUGACUGACAUUAGCAAAGAUCUCGCUCUCCAACUAUUUGUCAUUAUAACGGUCAGCACUGUUGUUUACAUCACUCAAAUAAUAUUCCGUAAUUUUGUUUUGAACCGCAUUUUUGGCGAUCCACUGCAAAAAUUCAUUGAUCUCUGCUCGUUGUCUAAUAUAUCCGUAUUCAUGUUGCUGGAGCAGAGCUUUGGUUUCUACAUACAUGGACGAUCCCCAAACGGCUUUGCGGAUACAGAUAUGUAUUCAAUGUUGGUGCAAAUACAACGCGACACACAGCAUCGAUGCAGCCGCAAAGGCCUUCUGGGUGAUUCGGACCAGCAGAGUUACAUCAUUUUGCCUCCUCUAAACCUGCGAAUUUACUUCGAAAAGUUGAUGGCGCCUUUCCACCGCUCGUAUAGCAUAUCCCAAGCACAUUUCCAAAACGAAAUCAAAACCAUCGAUGCUGUUGCGGAGCGCAGCUCAGCGGCCUACAGUAGUCUGAAUCGAUUUCUAUGCGCUUUUAUAGACCACGCUAUCAAGGAUAUGGAUUAUAUUAUAAAAGAGAAAACCUUUAUUGAAAAAAGGUUAAACUGUGAAUGUGAUUAUUAUUUGACUGAAAGUAAAGGAACAUUCUAUAUUGAUGAUGCAAAAUCCUUUGACCAACUGCUUUUGUAUGGCAACAGUUUAAAUAGCUUCGUGAUGGAACUGGCGUUGCUGUUAGCCUUUUACAUGCUAACCCUUAACUUGAUUGCAGCAACUGUAGUCGUUUAUUUGCUUAAUAAGCUACUGCAGCAUAUCUUCCAAAAAUGGGUGCACAAAAAUGUAACAACGAAGACUUCCAUUAACCAACGGUUUCUUAUGUGAAUUAUCAAACACA